AUGGAAUAUCCGCAUGCUGCUACUGCAAUAGAGAUUGUUUUAUCGACGCGUUGUGCUCCGGCAUACAGGCUAGAGGCGUAUGGUUCAACCUCAGCAUUGGAUUCUCGAGAUACCGUUAUCGAUAUUGGUGGUAUUCCAUGCAAAGCGGAAUGGAAUCAAAACAAAGCAUUCGUCACGUACCACCCACCCAUGAAUACUCCAUACUGCAACAACAACAACAACUUUGUUGCAGUCACUACAUCGAACCAUUAA